AAGUAGCGGAGCGAGUCGCAGCGACACGGGGCUGCAUUUUGUGGAUUAUAUUUGCCAAGUUUUGGAUUAACGAAAAAAAUUUUUUUUUUUCGAAAUCGCGAUUUGGAUCAGAAAGGAAGAUUCUUGACAGACCUGUGUGCAUAUUGUGGAAGAUUUCAAAUCAUGCCAUCUAAAACUGCUAAGAGAUCCACUGCCUCCGCCAAGCCAAGAGGGAAAGGGUCGCAGCCUCGCAAUGACUCCGAAGACAAGCUGGAUGUACCCCCUCAAGAAACCAACUCCAAUGGCCAAGAGGAGGCACCGCCGACAACUGAUCCGUCUCACGGGGAAGCUGCCGAGGCGCUUGAUAAUCGAAGUUUGGAGGAGAUUCUCGGUAGCAUCCCUCCACCCCCGCCCCCAGCAAUGACCAAUGAACCGGGCGCUCCUCGCCUGAUGAUAACACAUUUAGUUAAUCGCAACUUCAAAUCUUACGCAGGCGAGCAGAUUCUGGGGCCUUUUCAUAAGCGCUUUUCCUGCAUCAUUGGUCCAAAUGGGAGUGGGAAGUCCAAUGUGAUAGAUUCAAUGCUCUUUGUGUUUGGAUACAAAGCUCAAAAGAUCAGAUCGAAAAGGCUCUCAGUGCUGAUUCAUAACUCUGAUCAACACAAAGAUGUGCAAAGCUGUACUGUGGAGGUGCACUUUCAAAAGAUCAUUGAUAAGGAAGGAGAUGACUACGAAGUCAUCCCCAGCAGCAACUUCUAUGUUUCCAGGACUGCCAACAAAGACAAUUCCUCAGCCUACUAUAUCAAUGGCAAGAAAGCCACAUUCAAAGAAGUGGGGGCUUUACUCCGAAGUCAUGGUAUUGACCUAGACCACAACAGAUUUCUGAUCUUACAGGGUGAGGUGGAGCAAAUUGCCAUGAUGAAGCCUAAAGGUCAGACAGAGCAUGAUGAGGGUAUGCUGGAGUACAUGGAGGACAUUAUCGGUUGCUGCCGUCUCAAGGAGCCCAUCCAAACCCUGGCCCGCCGCAUUGAACUGCUCAAUGAGCAAAGAGGAGAGAAGUUCAACCGAGUAAAGCUUGUGGAAAAAGAGAAGAAUGCUUUGGAGGGAGAAAAGAACAAAGCUGUGGAGUUCCUCACCCUGGAGAAUAACAUCUUCAAACACAAGAGUCAGCUUUGCCAAUAUUAUGUUCACGAUCUGCAAAAGCGUGUGGUGGACAAAGAGCAGGAAAAGCAGAGGAUCCUCGAGGACAACAAGGAACUCACUGAGAAAAAUACAGAAAUAUCACAGGAGAUGGAGAAAAAGAACGAAGAAGUCAAAAAUGUGGAGAAGAAACAAAAUAAGCUCAACAAGUACAUUGAGACUCAGAAGGAGAAGUUCACUCAGCUGGACCUACAGGAUGUUGAAGUGCGUGAGAAGAUUAAACAUUGCAAGAGCAAGAACAAGAAACUGCAGAAGCAGCUGGAGAAGGACAAAGAAAAGCUGGAGGAAGUGCGCAGUAUACCAGCCAACAGCGAAAAGGCCAUCUCUGAGGCAACAGCUAGCAAGGAAGGUCUGGAGAAGCAGAAGGUGAAAGAAGAGGAGAAACUGAAGGAGGUGAUGGAGAGUCUGAAAGAAGAGACCAGCGGCUUGCAACAGGACAAAGAGACCAAAGAAAAAGAGCUGAUGGAGCUCAGCAAGGCCGUGAAUGAGACCCGCUCUCGUAUGGACCUGGCUCAGUCAGAGCUCGACAUCUAUCUAAGCCACCACACCACCGCUGUGACACAGCUCAACACGGCCAAGCAAACACUCCAGACAACUUCUGACACGCUGCGGGAGCGCCGUGCAGCUAUUAAGGACCUAGACGUUAAUGUACCACAGAAAGAACAGGAGCUCAAGAAGGAUGAGGAAGAGAUGGAGCAGCUGAUGAAGAUGGAUAAUGAGAACAGGGUAGUGGUGACGGAAAUGAGGCAGAAAGUGGAGGAAGCCAAGAGCUCUCUGUCUUCCAAUCGGAGUCGAGGAAAGGUCCUGGAUGCUCUCAUGCAGCAGAAUAAGAGUGGCAGAAUCCCUGGCAUCUUUGGAAGAUUGGGAGACCUUGGAGCCAUAGAUGAGAAGUAUGAUGUAGCCAUUUCCUCCAGCUGUGGUGCUCUGGACAACAUUGUGGUGGAUACCAUCGACACGGCUCAGAAAUGUGUUAUGUUUCUCAAAGAGCAGAACAUUGGGUUUGCUACCUUCAUUGGUCUUGACAAGAUGAAGGUGUGGGAGAAGAACAUCAAUACCCCUAUCCGCACCCCUGAGGACAGCCCUCGUCUCUUUGACAUGGUGAGAGUGAAAGAUGAGAGCGUGCGGCCAGCUUUCUACUUCGCCCUGAGGGACACCCUGGUGGCAAAGGACAUGGAGCAGGCCACAAGGCUGGCCUUCCAGAAAGACAAGCGCUGGAGAGUGGUCACCCUGAAGGGACAGAUCAUCGAGAUGUCUGGAACCAUGACUGGAGGAGGAAGAAUAAUGAAGGGCAGGAUGGGUUCCUCUAUUGGCACUGAAGUCUCUCAGAAGGAGAUCGACCAAAUGGAGAGCCAGCUGAAUGAGAAGGUGUCGAAGCUGCAGGACUGCAGAGAGAAAAGGCUGCAGCUCGAAGAGAAAGUCCAGAGCUGCCGGCCACAGCUCCGAGACAUGAAGAACACCUUGGAAAAAUACUCCAAGAGCAUGACUGGUUUAGCUGACCAAGAGACUCACUUGACGCUCCAGAUCAAGGAACUGGAAGCCAACGUGCUGGCUGCUGCGCCAAACAAGACCAAACAGAAACAGAUGGAAAAGAGCCUGGAGGCCUUCAAAAAAGACUUCGAGGCAGCAUCCAGUAAAGCCGGAAAGGUGGAAAACGAGGUGAAGAGACUCCACAACCUGAUCGUGGACAUUAAUAGCCACAAGCUAAAGGCUCAACAGGACAAGCUAGACAAGGUCAACAAGGAGUUGGAUGACUGCUCCUCCACUAUAACCAAGGCUCAAGUUGCCAUAAAGACUGCAGGCCGAAACCUGAAGAAGUGUGAGGAGAGUGUGAGUCGUGUGCAGGGUGAGCAGGAGGAGAAUGAGAAGUCUUUGGCUGAGUUCGGAGAACAGCUGAAAAAACUGGAAGAGGAGGCCGGGGAGAUCAUGAAGGCCUGUCAGGAGGCUGAGGCAGCACUUCCUGAGGUGCAGGAGCAGUACCAGAGGGUGCUGAAAGAGAUAAAGGUCCUGCAGCAGCAGGAGCACGCACUGCAGCAGGAGUGCCUCAGCGUUCGACUCCGCAUCGAGCAGAUAGAGACCACCAUCACUGAACACAACAGCAAGAUCAAAAACUGGCAGAAAGAGGCCACCAAGCUGUCCCUUCAUACCAUUGAGGACCAACCAGCGGAGGAGCUUCCUGUUUUCACUCCUGAUGAACUUGAUCAAAUCUCAGAUCCAAAUGUCAUUGUCAACAAGAUGGUCACAUUAGAGACACGGUGUGCUCAGAAGAAGCCCAACCUUGGCGCCAUUGCAGAGUACAAGAAGAAGGAGGAACUGUACCUGCAGCGCGUGGCUCAGCUGGACGAGAUCACCAAAGAGAGGGACAACUUCAAAAGCGGCUACCAGGACCUGCGCAAACAACGCCUCAAUGAGUUCAUGACCGGAUUCAACAUGAUCACAAAUAAGCUGAAGGAAAACUACCAGAUGCUUACACUAGGGGGUGACGCAGAGCUGGAGCUCGUGGACAGUUUGGACCCCUUCUCUGAGGGAAUCAUGUUCAGUGUGCGACCUCCAAAGAAGAGCUGGAAAAAGAUUUUUAACCUGUCAGGAGGAGAGAAGACCCUCAGCUCGUUGGCGCUGGUGUUCGCUCUUCACCACUAUAAGCCCACACCGCUCUACUUCAUGGAUGAGAUCGAUGCUGCUCUUGAUUUCAAGAAUGUGUCCAUUGUGUCCUAUUACAUUUAUGAGCAAACCAAGAACGCUCAGUUCAUCAUCAUCUCUCUGAGGGACAACAUGUUUGAGAUCGCUGAUCGUCUCAUCGGCAUCUACAAAACUUACAACACCACCAAGAGUGUGGCAAUCAACCCCAAGACCAUCGUAUCCAAAGAGCAAACUGCCAUCACUGUUUAAACUUUUAACACUAGAACCACAGAAACGGUUUGGUUGUUAAAAUGUAAAUAAUUAUGUUUUUAAAUAGAGAAUACAAGUUACUUUUCCUAAAUGUUUUUUUAUAUUUUCUGAAGCUCAUAAGGUUGUACAAUAAAACACAAAGGAUUUCUGAGCCUAUUUGCACAACUUUUUCUUUUCCUUUUUGUUGUAUGUCAU